AUGACCUGUUCCGGCUGCGGCAAUAAACUCACCCGCACCCUCGAGGCAAUCCCUGGAGUUUCCAAUGUGCGAGUCAGCUUUGUCAUGGGAAGCGCCGAUUUUGAUAUCAACCCUCAGACAAGCAAAGUAGAAGAAGUCAUCCGGACAGCUGAAAGAGAGACCGGAUUCCGUUGUGCGAGAACUACGAGCGACGAUCAGUUCAUCGACCUCCUCAUGACCGGAGAGUCCGUCAAAGCUCUCUCAGAUAUCAUGCCGGCAGGAGUCAAGCAGAUCGAUGUACUUGAUAAGCUGACAGCUCGCAUCACCUAUGACCCAACCGUAGUCGGAGCUAGAUCUCUUGUUUUAUCCUUAGGAGAUCGUACCACCGGCCUUGCACCCCCUCGCGCGGAUGCAUCUGCAGCAGGCGGACGUAGGAGACUCCGUGAUAUGCUCAUCAAAACGACUUUGGCCGCGGUCUUCACCAUCCCCGUCGUAGUCCUUGCCUGGGGUAAUACCUUAGUGGAUGACCGUUCGCGGGCGUAUAUUUCCAUCGUGUUCGCAACCGUAGUCCAGGCAUUGUCUGUGCCAGAAUUCUACCGACCGGCCAUCUCUUCUUUGAUCUUUAGUCGCACUGUUGAAAUGGACAUGCUUGUGGUCAUCAGUGUCAGUGCUGCUUACCUCUACUCUGUCAUCGCCUUUGGUUUUAGCAUGGCCGGGAAGCCGCUUGAUACGAAAGAGUUCUUCGAGACAAGCACGUUGCUGAUCACGCUCGUCCUCCUUGGUCGGCUCAUCGCUGCGUUUGCCCGCAUCAGAGCCAUCGCCGCCGUGUCACUGAGAUCCUUACAGGUAUCGACCGCGGUCCUCAUUGAGGCUGAAGGAACUAGGGAGGUGGAUGCUCGCCUGUUGCAAUUUGGUGACAGAUUCAUGAUCAUGCCCCAUGCACAGAUUCCAACGGACGGGCAGGUCACCGAGGGGUCGAGUGAGGUGGACGAAUCAAUGCUCACCGGAGAGUCUCUUCCGGUUGGAAAACAGCACGGCGCGCAGAUCAUUGCGGGUACUAUCAACGGAUCUGGAAGACUUACAGCCAGGCUGACCCGUUUACCUGGGAAGAACACUGUCACUGACAUUGCUAAUCUGGUAGAGGAGGCUUCCAACACGAAGCCUAGAGUUCAGGAACUAGCGGAUAAAGUCGCAGGUUAUUUCGUACCCGUGGUGACCGCCAUCGCCGUCAUCACAAUCAUUGUCUGGGUUGUCGUCUCCCUCCGCAUCCGGAAUGAGUCUGCGGGUAAAGCUAUUAGCACUGCUAUCACCUAUGCCAUCGCUGUGCUUGCCGUCUCCUGUCCAUGCGCCCUUGGUCUGGCUGUACCAAUGGUUUUGGUUGUCGCUGGCGGCGUUGCUGCUCGCGGUGGGGUUGUGAUCAAGUCUGCGGAGCCCAUCGAGAGAGGGCACAAGAUUACUGACGUUGUCUUUGACAAGACCGGAACUCUCACCAUUGGCGAACUGGAUGUAGUCGUCGAAGAAAUUCUAUCUACGGAUCGUGGACAGGCCGUCUCUCUUGCUAAGGCCCUGGUAGGCGACAACAAGCAUCCAGUCUCGAUGGCUGUAGCGAAGCACUUGGAAAAACAAGAUCACAAAGCUGUCCACCUGGAGGAUAUCCGUGUCAUACCCGGAGCCGGUGUUGAAGCCACAUGGAACGGAUCCUCGUUUCGGGCUGGCAAUGCGCACUGGUUGGGUGUCGAUCAGAUGUUGGAGGUGGAUCGCCUCCUCCAGCAGGGAAUGACUACCCUCUGUUUGACCAAGGACACCGAACUGCUUGCAGUGCUUGGUCUGACAAGCGUCCUACGUCCCGAAGCAGCCGCUGUUGUUCAUGAGCUUCAAGCGAGGAAGAUCACCGUUCACCUCGUCAGUGGUGACGAAGAGAGGGCAGUCGAAACGGUCGCUAAAACGGUCGGAAUUCCGGAGCAAAACGCGGCCGCUCGCAGGUCACCAGCUGAGAAACGCGUCUAUGUGCAGGACCUCAUCAAGCGAGGCAAGAGAGUUGCCUUCUGCGGAGACGGUACAAACGACGCCGUCGCCAUCGCCCAAGCGAAUAUUGGCAUCCAGCUGGGUUCUUCGUCAGAUGUUACUCGCGCAACCGCCGACGUCGUUCUCCUAUCUGGUCUGGAUGGUAUCAUCUAUCUCCUUGAGGUGUCCAAGGCCUCAUUUCGCCGCAUCAUGUUCAAUUUCGUUUGGUCCGCUGUCUACAAUGUCCUUGCCAUUUUACUUGCAGCUGGUGCCUUCGUUCGCGUCCGCAUCCCGCCGGCAUAUGCAGGCUUGGGUGAGAUUGUCAGCGUCUUGCCUGUUAUCAUUGCUGCCCUUACCAUGUCUGGCAUGAAGCGUCCAGCCACGGUUUAA